AUGGGAGGCAAGAAUAAGAAGAAGGGCGCCUCCGGCGCCGAUGGGGUGGCCAGCUCGAGCAAGAAAAAGAAGGGACGGGGCGGCAUGAGCGACAAGCAAGAAGAGAACAAGACCAGAACCUUGGAGGACCUUAACUCUUCCUCAGCUUGGGAUCGUGAUGAUGCCGAAGACGAUGUGACACGCGAACCGGAUGACGUUGUCGAAACUUCCGAAGAGCCCAUCGAAUCCCGUCCGACUAUAGAACAGGCACAGGAUAUCACUGAAACUGAGCCAGUAAAGAACGACGACCCGCAGGACGAGGUUCCACAGCAAGAGCCCGAUGUCGCGGAGACUGAGAUACCUUGGACUACGACGCCAUCAACGCGAAAGAACAAGGCAAGCAACGUAUCAGACGCUGGAGAUGUCUCUAGUGAUACCCUUCCGCAUAGCCAAGCCCCUACCGAAUCAUGGUCGUUUGGUGAGAAAGGCGUCACAGAUGUUGCGAAGUCUCAAGAUGCUGGGAAGCUCCAAGAUACCACGAGCUUUCAAGACGAUCUAGGCGAUAAGCUCCAGCAUCUUUCGCUCGAAACACAGACAUCACAAGAAGUCAUGAAAACAACAGAUGGCGAAGAGAAGCAGGAUACGAUCGUUGCAGCUGAUAAUGCUGUGCGCCGGCCAAAGGUCGAGGAUGAAGCAGCACCUGGAAAUUCUAGCGACGAGUCAUCAGCUCCUCUCGAAGCUCAUCGGGCGCUAUCACCACCGCCUCUCGAAUCACAGCUUGAAGAAACCCAUGAGCCUACCGAGAAUCUGGGAAACAAAGCACGAGCGUCGACCGAAUUGCCUGCCCAAAAGCCGAAGCCCAACGAUCGACUUGCACCAUCUACUCAGGAAAUGGUAAAGCAGCCUGCGACUGCUCUAACCCUUGCUGUUAAGCCCCAACUGCCGAGCAAGCCUCAGUCCUCUACCGAGGUCCAACAAACUCAAGCACCACCACCGGCACAGUUGCAGCAGCCUCCCAAGGCCAAGCCACCCACUCAAGUUCAACACACCCAACCACCACCGCCGGCACAGCCUCCCAAGGCCAAGGCGCCUAUUCAGGCUCAGACACAAUCACCGGCACAGUCACAACGGCCUAGCAAGUCUAAGACUUCUGUUCAAGUUCAAGGCACCCAAACAGAACCCUGGACACCUCCGCUGCCCCCAGUCACGCCUAGGAACCCUACCCGAGACCAGGGCACCCAGACAAAGCCAUGGACGCCUCCACUGCCUCCAGUCGAGCCCAAAAAACCUACACGAGACCAGGGCACCCAGACAGAGCCAUGGGUCGAGCCACAGCCGCCGGCCAAACGCGAAACCAUCACCCACAACCAAGGCGCCCAGACACAAGCUUCGUCUUCGUCAGCCCCGGAGUCGAAGUCUCAUGGUAGGGCGAAGCCUCCUCUUCGAGGGAUCUUGAAAAAGUCUACCGCUUCGCCGUCAGCUUCCACUGGGCCGCGGAACCAAGAAAUCGAGAUCCCCCAUGGCCCGCGAGCACCACGACCUUCCAAUUCCGCCACGCCAUCAGCUUCCACCGGGCCGCAGAAUCAAGGAAGCGGCUUUCCCUAUGGUCGACUUAUGGCUCAGCAAGCGGAACACCACUCGGAAGAUCCAACGUGCCUGCAACGCCUCCGGCUCGAUGGACUCCAGAUCAACGCAGAACACCUCGACCAACCCCAAUCCAAGCGGACCCUGAUUUAG